AUGCCAAUCCCAAGGGUGGAGAGACACGCGAGGCAACUGCGGGAGGUUCCCUUCGCCAGCCUCCCAGCCCAGAAGCGGAAAGGGUCAGCGCCAGCCACACAAGACCCAGGCCCCGCCUUCACGCCGUGCAGCGUCUACCUCCCCGACCCAGAUCUGCGUAUUUCGGAAGUACGCCAGCCGGAAGUGCGUGCGCGCCCCUACGUUCUCGGCGCCUCGGGUGAUCCCCCAAGCCGGCUCACACUACGUUCCGCUCCGCCCCGCCCCUCGUCGCCACCUCCCCCGCCCGGCGCCAUGGCCGCUGCUGCGGCCGGGGACGGCCUGGCCAAACCGCUGCAGAGCGCUAUGAAGCUGGCCAACGGAGCUAUAGAGCUGGACACCAGCAACCGGCCGCGGGAGGCAUAUGUGGAAUACCUGAGGAGCAUCCAUUACAUCUCCCAGGUGCUACUGGAGGAAGUGGAAUUGACUAAAGAUGCCUGGGAAACAAUGCCCCCUGACACCUCAAAGAUGCUAAAGCUGGCUGAGCAGUGCCUGGAGCGGGCCCAAUCAACAGCUGCCAAACUCGGGAAGACUUUCCUGAAGCCAGUGGUGCCCUUGGCUGCUCCAGCACCGCCUACUGGCCGACACCGCCGGGUGUGCUCAGAUGAGGGAGGGAAGCUGUCUCCAUUCCUGCCUCCUGAGAUCUUCCAGAAGCUUCAAGCAGUAGAGUCCCCAAACUCCAAGAAGGAGUUAACACCGCUGGAGGAGGCCUCCCUACAGAACCAAAAACUGAAGGCUACCUAUGAAGCCCGGAUGGCCCGUCUGGACCCUAGCCAGGCCAUGCAGAAGACAUCACUGACACUGUCUCUGCAGCGGCAGAUGAUGGAGAACCUGGUGAUCGCCAGAGCCCGAGAGGAGACACUGCAGCGGAAGAUGGAGGAACGCCGGCUGCGGCUCCAGGAGGCCACUAACAGGAGGUUCUGUAGUCAGGUUGCCUUGACCCCUGAGGAACAGGAACAGCGGGCCCUCUACGCAGCCAUUCUUGAAUACGAGCAAGACCAUGACUGGCCAAAGCACUGGCGGGCCAAACUCAAGAGGAGCCCGGGGGACCUGUCACUAGUGACCAGUCUGGUUUCUCACCUGCUCAGCCUUCCUGAUCAUCCCAUCUCACAGCUGCUGAAGAAACUGCAGUGUGCAGUGUACAGCACACUGUAUCCUGUUGUGAGCCGGAGUAGCAUCGGCACUCUGUCUGCCCCUGGCAGCUGCUCCUUGCCCCCAGAUGCCAACAGGCUACUGGCUCCUGGGAGCCGGCGCCUUCGCACCUCCCAGAGCCUGUACUGCAUGCUGUCUCCCCAAGAGCCCAGUGUGACCCCAUGGCCCCAGGAUGGACUGCCUGCCACCCCCUCCCUCCUCCCCAGGCCCCUGGACAGAGGAACAGAUGGUAGCCCAGCCAGGCCCCCCUCACCCUUGGUGGAUACCUUGUCCCACCUGCCUGACAAGGACAGCUCCUUUGAGGACCUGGAGCAGUUCCUGGCUAAGUCAGAGAGGUGGGGCUGGGGCUCUGGGGCACAGGCUGAGCCACAGGUCGAGGUGACACAGAGGGAGCCCUUGCUGGAGUAUCUGAAGAGCACGGUGAAGGACAUUCACAACGCCAUUGACAGGCUGCUCUCACUGACUCUUCUGGCCUUUGAGAGCCUGAACACAGGUGCUUGCAAAGAUCGCUGCCUGGCUUGUCUUGAGGAGCCCUUCUUCACUCCACUGUGGCCUCUGCUACUGGCACUAUACAGAAGUGUGCAUCGCACCCGGGAGGCCGCCCUGAGCAGGAGCAUGGAACUCUACAGGGAUGCACCCCCCACGGCCCUGGGCAUCCCCACCAAGCUCCUCCCUCGGGACUCUGAGGGCAAGGGGUCUGCCAGCUACCCCUACUGCAGCGCUACACAAGAGCUGGGGCUGCUGGUACUGGAGAGCUGCCCACAGAAGAAGCUGGGGUGCAUCGUACGAACCCUGCGAGCCAUUUGUGUUUGUGCCGAAGACUACUGCCGCACCCAGGAGUUCACACCUGAAGCCGGACGCCAAGCCCCUGCAGCUGCGAUUGGCGCGGAUGACCUGCUGCCCAUCUUGUCCUUUGUGGUGCUGAGGAGCGGCCUUCCCCAGCUGGUGUCAGAGUGUGCAGCCCUGGAGGAAUUCACCCAUGAGGGGUACCUGAUUGGAGAGGAGGGUUACUGCCUGACAUCACUACAGAGUGCCCUGAACUACGUGGAGCUGCUGCCUCGGGGUGCACUGGGCAAGUAGUAGAGGCUGUACCCCAAGGGCACCUCAGUACCUGUUGAAGACGACUCCUUGAUCUCCAUGCUGCUCUGCACUCAGGUGCCAGGCACCAGGGGCAGCCAGCUAUGGUGGAGCCCAGCUGUGGCCCCUUUCCUGGUCUGCAGCUGUCCCCGAGGCUCAGGGCCGCAUCUUCCUGCAGCAGGAUGGGCACAUCAGUUCUCUGUACCUGCUGUCCUGUGCCAGCCUCUGAGAGGCCUUGCGAAGGAAGCCUUGAGCUGCCCACCUUCAGGAGCACUGCACAGAGGGACCAAGAGUCAAAGGCAAGAGCUGCCCUUCCUUGCCUGAGCCUGGGCACAUUGGGGGAGAACUUGCUGUUUAUUUAUUGAGCAGUGGCUGGGCUGUUCCAGUCUGGGCUUGGAGCUACAACCUCUCCCCAGCAGGAGACCUCUCCCAGACUCAUUGUGGCAGUGGUUAAUGGAUGUUCUGGGCCCUGGCCAACUCCCACCCUGUCCUGCCUUUCCCAGGUCAGGGUGAGUCCAAAGGUUCCUGGCCAUGUGGCUACCAACUGGGCCCAAAAUAAAGAGAUCACUGCAGUUUUC